CCAACCUGUACUUGCAAUCUGCGACCGAGAUGGACGCGGUCAAGUGGUGCAGCGCAUUCCUUCUCGGCGUGGCGGGCCAUUGGUACUUGUCGAACAGCGCAUCCUAUGACGCAGCGAGCACUGCUGGCAAUGUCAUGACCUCGCCGCUGCAUCCAGGUCACAAAGUGGACGAUGACGAUUCUGAUGACAGCGACGACGAACAAGACAGCGACGAAUCGGACUGGGAGCCACACAAGAUGGUGCUUGUUGUCCGAAAUGAUUUGAAGAUGGGUAAGGGCAAGAUUGCUGCGCAGUGCGGCCACGCUACACUCGGUGCGUACAAGCGGGCUGUCAAGCGGACUCCGCAAGCGUUGGAUUUGUGGGAAGCGUCCGGUCAGACCAAAGUCGCGUUGAGAGUCGAAACAGAAGAGGAAAUGAUGGUUUUAGCCGACCGGGCAAAAGAGAUUGGCCUUGUGCAUUACGUCGUUGUUGACGCUGGACGAACGCAAAUCGCACCAGACACCAAGACCGUCUUAGCAGUUGGCCCUGCCCCAGCUAGUGCUGUCGACAACCUCACGGGCCAUUUAAAGCUCAUGUAAACUUCAUUCAACGAUCAUGCGCGUGUCUUGCAUCUCUUUCUGCAAAAGCUCAUGUCCAGAACGAUUGAAAGGUCACCGCUGGACUGGACGCCUUUCAAAAUCUCUGCAAUCCAAAGCGGUCGUCAAGCCUGGCAACCAGCACAAGUCCAUCCUGUCUCGAUGUUGAACCCCCAGUCCACUGCUUUUAACUACUAAUACGGA